UCGCCUACGCUCGGCGAAUAGUAGAAGCCCGCUUCUGCUAGCGACCUCGGUGUGAUGCCAUACUCUGCGGGAUGAGGCCACGCGAUGUUUGUCUUGGGAAUCCCGCCGUUCUCGAAGGUGCCGAUGCGAAAGGCAGGCUGAGCGAGGAGUGCUUCUUGUUGCUUGUGUACGUCUCUCGCCUUGCCCUUUGCCCUGCCUUUGCUGGCCAUCGGGCUUGUCGGUACAGGCAAGUCCAGCAAGUCGCGUCCCUCAUUGUUUCGCUGGGAGGCCGAGGCCGAGAUUGACGGUCCGAUGGAGCAUGAAGUGCGCCGGUUCGGCCUCAGGGUCAAGCUCGCAUACGAAAGCGGUGAUGCACGCGCACUUGCAGCCUGCUUCGAGCCUCUCUGGUUUCUCAGCGCUCAGAAUGACUCUCCCACUCGACAGCUCGCUCUUGCUCUCCAGGCUACCAAUAGCGUCAUGCUCAGCAUUCGCAGUCUCUUCAAGGAGAACGGACCGCUCGGAGACUUGGUACACGACUACUUACGCUAUCUCGAUGACGCAAGGCCAGGCUCGCCAGACUUGUCGGCCAAAGCAGCUGCCUACGAGCUCAUACAAACAUGCUACACCGAUGUUCUGAGUAUCUUUCAGCAGCCAGAUAGUGAUUGGCUCGUGCCAACGCUCAAGCUCUUUUCGCGCGCCCUCGCCCUGCUGGCACUUCAAGCGGACGAGGCAGCGCACGAUAGCAAGAACGUCCGCGCAAGUCUGGCAUCCCGCUUGCUCAUUCGCACUUUGAAUGUCAUCUCGACGGACAAAGGCGCGACUCAGAAGCGUCUGGCAACUUUCUAUGUCGCCAAUCAAUGCUUGCGCAUCUACUUUAAGCUUGACAAUCUGCGCCUGACCGAUACGAUCAUCAACAACACGCGACACGCUCGACCGUUCCUCGACGUCGACUUUCCCAAGUCCGAUCGAGUGACCUAUCGAUACUAUAUCGGGCGGAUCUACCUCUCGCAAAGGCGUCUGCGACAAGCAAGACAAGAGCUACAAGCCGCUUUCGAUCUCUGCUCUCCUGCUGCAUACGCCCAAUGCAGAAUGCUGCUCAUCUUCCUCAUCGCUGCCUCUUUACCCCUCGGAAUACUGCCCAGCAAGCUAUUGCUGCAACAAUAUGACCUGGAACCGCAAUAUGGACCCUUGACCGAUGCGCUCAAACUCGGUGACUAUACCGCCUGCGUACAAGCUCUCGAUCGAUGGCGAGAGUGGCACAGAUCUAAAGGGGCUUACGUUCUCCUCAAAGAGAAGUUGGAAGUAAUCUGCUGGCGCAAUCUGUGCCGCAAAGUGCUGUGGAUACUCAGCAAAGGCAGGCCAACGAGUGAAGGGCCUCCAACGCUCCCACUGGACAAGCUACUCGCUGCGGCACAAUAUGCCUGGCGAGAUCCGACGCUCGAUCUAGACGACAUGCAUUGCGUUGCGGCUAGCCUGAACGAGCAAGGCUACAGCAAAGCUUACAUCCACCAGGCGCGCAAUUUGCUCGUCUUGCAAAAAGGCCCACAAGCGGGCUUCCCGCCCGUCAGCUCUGUACGCUUGGCGGGCGCUGAACGACUCGCGGUAGCCGACUAGCGCAUACCUGUGUGUACUUCAUUGUUGUUGACAGCAAUUUGCAGUUCCUCCGCGAUGCUGCAUCAAAGCUUAAUACCCGUGUGGAUUGCCGCCACGCCGAAUGUGAGGUCUUCCCAGAUCUGGCCCCCCUGUGGCGCAGUGAAACCUGCGUCUUCUAUCAUCUCUGCGAAUCUCUCUUGCGUUGGAAACUUGACGAUCGAUUCGACGAGGUAUUGAUACGAGUCGCGAUCGGCAGCAAUGAUGUGUCCCAAGUUGGGUAUGACCGAGAAGGAGUAUGCCUCAUAAGCUCUGCCUCGGAGUCAGCGGGUGCCAUGCAGACGAAGCGAGAGACGACGGCUAACUUUGCAAGUAGGGGAUUAGUGACUUUGCUGAACUCGAGACAGCUGAAC